CAGGGCACUUCCUCCAUUCAUUCUGAGUGUUGUGGUUUGCUCACUUGAGGAGACACCUUGCCAUCAGGUCCUGGAUGGAUGAAAUGCUUCCUGCUGGAAGGGAUGCACCCUCUAUUCUUUCCCUCAUCAAGGUUGGCAGUGUCUGAAAGAGGCAGUUCUUGAAGCCCAUCCUCUGCCCCUCUCUGGAGCAGGGAGCGUGUCACUCACAGACAGAAGCCAGGCCGGACAAAAGGCUGUUUGUCCAGCACCUCUGUCAGCCCUCCCUCUGCUCAUCCCCUCCAGCUCUAGCUCUGUGUACAUCUGAAAAGAUACUGCUAAGAAAGUGAAAAGAAGAGAAGCAGAAGAAAAAGGAAACUUUCAAAAAAUGAAGAUGCUCUCAGUUCUGCUUCUGCUGAGUGCCCUCCUGGGUGCCCACACAGUGCCCCCCCGGCGGCCCAAAUGCUACAAGAGGGUCCUGCAUGACCACAGCUGUCACAGCAUUCCCGAAGGCAUGGUGAGCCUCCGGCAAGUUGAUGACAACCUGCAGGAUCACUUUUGGGAAGGAGAAGGCUGCGAGACCAUCUGUUACUGCAACUUCAAGGAACUGCUCUGCUGUCCAAAGGAGAUUUUCUUUGGAUCGAAGAUAUCUUUUGUGAUUCCCUGUAACAGCGAGUGAUCAACACAGCCUGUCACUGAGGACAACGGGCAUCAUUCCACAAUCACAAAAUACGCUUUCAAGAGAAAAAACAAAGCCAGCAACAGCCAAAACAAAAGAAAUUUCCUCUCUAAGCACACUGUAGAAACUAUCUUCCUGCUGGAAAAAAAAAACUUCCUCUCUAUGCUUUGUGAAAUAUGUAAAAAUUUCUCCUUCUGGAUAUGGUAGCUGCCUUAAUUAGCUCCAUAUGGAUGUGAAAGACUGUACCUGCUCAAAUUGUCCCUGCAUUUAUCUCCUAGCAAAAAAUAUAUAAACAUAUGCGUGCGAGUGUAUCCUUUUAAUAACUGCAACAUUCUCAACUAAUUUUCAAAAAGAAACAUCAAGGUUAAGCCUUCAUGUGGCUAAGAGUGACUCUUGCUGGAAUCCACUGCAGCAGUGCAGCUUCCUAUUGCUUUAUUGUUAGCACUGCUUUAAGGCAAUGCUAGUCAGUAUCUGGCACUUCUGCACACUCUCACUUCUAUUUGGGUGCCUGCAAAAAACAGAAACCAUUAAUUUGCAUUACCCAUAUUUGAAAAUUCCACUGGAAAAAAAAGAGUCAAAAUUCAUAUUAAUAGUACUAAGGUAGGUGUAAGUGAUAAUUAUGUCUAACUCGUUAACUGCAUCUGAAGUCUUGAAGUGUUAAAGAUUGAGCUUUCAAAACACUAAUAACAGCAGUGAUAGAACAUAUAUAUGUAUAUUCAGAAAGACUUAGAAGGAGAAUGGGACAGUAACAUGGAACAUGUAGUACAAAUGUAACUGUCUUGCCCCUUGAACUAGUGCUCUGCUCACCUAGGGACAUAGUUACUGGGAGCAGUGGGGAUGGGUUGAUGGUUGGACUAGGCAAUCUUAGAGGUCUUUUCCAACCUUGACUCUGUGAUAAUAACCUUACAACACCACACUGUGGAAACUGCUACCAUCAGCACACCAAAGUUAUUUCACAUAUGAACAUGAAAUAGCACAAAGACUGUUUCACUUCAUCUGUUAGUAAAUAAUGCUUAGAUAUGUGCAGUGGUAGGUUAAUUAUACAUAACCAAUAGUAAGAGUUUCAAGUAAAUCUGCAUUUACUAUUUUUGCCAAGUAAUUUUUAGACUAUUGAAACAAAAGUUUGUACCAUCAUGCUUUUAAAGCCUGGUUCAUAUAAUUACUCCUGAGUCAUUUGGGCUUCUAAUAAAAUAAUCAAUGAAGGACAAUAGAAGGUGGAGAAUCUGGCAAUUCACUGUCAAAAUUACCAAAUUCAGUGUUCUACUAAGAAAACAUACAGUAUCCACUUUAAGGGGGACUGCAAAGUCCUCCAUAAGCUUCUAGUAGCAGUGAGGACAUGUAGUUUCUGUGGGUUGUGCCAUCUACUUUCCUUGCCAAUCAGGUAGUGUAUAUCUGCCAUUCACAGCUUUCCAGCGCAACAGCUACAAAAAUAAGGCAGAUGCAGAGGUGGGUAGUAAAGUCAGUAGAUGAUUUUCAGUUACUUCCCUUUUACCAUUAUUGAUGUGGAAAAAUACAUAAUCUGAUGAAAAAAAAAGUUUUGCCACUUCCUACAUGCAGCAGCAUAGGGCCACAGACCUACUUCCAAUAUAAGCUCGUUCUUGGUUUCUCUCCUCACUCUCCUCCCCUCCAGAAAAAACUUCUACAGCCCCUGCCAAAUCUAUGCAGGAACAUCCAUCCCUGUUCGCCAUCCUAUGAGAAAGAAAAAGCCUUUAUCCUUCAGAUGUUCAAUUCAGCACUGGGUUCCCCGGCUGCCUCUCCAACUAAUGCUGUGUAGAUAACAAAUGUAACUCGUGCAAAGGAUACUUCAUAAACAACUUUACAGCCACUGCCAUGAAAUGAGUACCGAAACAUCUUCCCAAAGAAUUACCAGCUUUACCCUGCACCAGCCUGGUAUCACCAACCAGCUUCAAGUUUGGCCAACAGUGCAAAACCCUAGCGUGGAAAGAUAUAUGACACUGUAAGUUAAAGAAAUUAGGGUACUUAUAGCUCCUGAGAAGGAAGCCAGUUUGAGUUUUGGGUUCAUUAUCAUUCAGUUUUAAGCAAUGGAGUGCCACAAGUCAAAGAGCAAAAUGGAGUAUCUUGGUCGCAGUGAUGUCUUUCAAAAAAAAAAUCACAAGGCUAACACUAGCAGAUUAGAGCACAGAAAUACCACUUUCUCAUUUUUCAGCACAUUUGAAAAAGAGCUUUUGAAAACCUGCUAAGGUCAGAAGCUGCAAUGAAUGCUAACUGAAUAAACUAAAGCUGUGUCUUCCUCUU